GACGCGACGUGCGAGAGAGGCGAGGCGAGCGGCAUCACGUUGCGCGUCUGCCUCCUCUCGCCGCUGAUGCGCGGCGGCUCGCUCGAGGCGCGGCUGCGCAUCUCGGAUCCCGACCGCGCUGCGCAGCUCCGGCGGUUGGGCAUGGAAGAGCCGCCGAGGCCGCUGACGUGGCGGCAGCGCGUUCGUGUCGCUUGCGAGGCGACCGAGGCGCUCGUCUACCUCCACUCGAAGGGCAUCGUGCACCGCGACGUCAAGCCGGACAACAUCCUGCUCGACGAGGAGCUGACCGCCGUGCUCGCCGACACGGGCUUCGCCAAGGACCAGCGUCCCGACGCCUCUGUCCGCUGUCGCUCGACCGCCCUCUACAUGUCCACUGGCUACCUCUGCCCCUCCAUCUCCAAGGGGGGCGAGUACUCGAGCAAGACGGACGGCUACGCCAUCGGCAUCACCCUCCUCGUCUGCCUCACCAACCGGUCCGAGGUGCAGCUCACCGACCGGUGCGAGGACGAGUUCGAGGAGGACUGGACCGACAUCGACGCGGCGAAGCUCUCGGACGUG